GGUGACGGGGGCGGCGGUGGCGGCGGUGACGGGGGCGGCGGCCUCGAGGCUCUGGCGGGACCCUCUCGGAGACUGAGCCGCUUCUGCAGGUCGGCCGAAAGGGGGCAGAGCAGCAGAGUCCUCAAGGGCCGGAGCUGACAGCCAGGAGGUGACAGACACCAAGGCUGCCAUGGCUGCCGUUGACAGCUUCUACCUCUUGUAUCGGGAGAUCGCCAGGUCCUGCAAUUGCUACAUGGAGGCCCUGGCCUUGGUCGGAGCCUGGUAUACGGCCAGAAAAAGCAUCACCGUCAUCUGUGACUUCUACAGCCUGAUCAGACUGCAUUUCAUCCCGCGCCUGGUGAGCAGAGCAGAUCUGAUCAAGCACUAUGGAAGAUGGGCAGUCGUGAGUGGUGCCACGGACGGGAUCGGAAGAGCCUAUGCGGAAGAGUUAGCCAGCCGCGGUCUCAACAUCGUCCUGAUUAGUCGCAGCCAGGACAAGCUGCAGGUGGUUGCUAAGGACAUAGCCGACACCUACAGCGUGGAAACCGACGUUAUCGUGGCGGACUUCAGCAGCGGCCGGGAGAUCUACGACCCGAUCCGAGAAGCCUUGAAAGACAAAGACAUCGGCAUCUUGGUGAAUAACGUGGGUGUGUUUUAUCCCUACCCCCAGUAUUUCACUCAGGUCUCUGAGGACAAACUCUGGGAUAUCAUCAACGUCAACAUCGCCGCGGCCAGUUUGAUGGUCCAUAUCGUGUUACCAGGAAUGGUGGAGAGAAAGAAGGGCGCCGUUGUCACCAUCUCUUCCGGCUCCUGCUGCAAACCUACUCCCCAGCUCGCCGCGUUUUCUGCUUCGAAGGCUUACUUAGACCACUUCAGCAGAGCACUGCAGUAUGAAUAUGCUUCCAAAGGAAUCUUUGUCCAGAGUCUAAUCCCGUUCUACGUGGCCACCAACGUGACCGCACCGGGCAGCUUUCUGCACAAGUGCCCGUGGUUGGUGCCUUCGCCAAAAGUAUAUGCUCAUCAUGCUGUCUCCACCCUCGGCAUUUCGAAAAGGACCACAGGAUACUGGUCCCAUUCUAUCCAGUUUCUUUUUGCACAGUAUAUGCCCGAAUGGCUCUGGGUGUGGGGAGCAAAUAUUCUCAAUCGCUCUUUACGGAAGGAGGCCUUAUCCUGCAACGCGUGAGGCCGCGUGAAGCCUGGGAACCGCGGCCACAGCUCACGGGAGCCUGCCGCACUCUGACGUCUGGAAGAACACACGUACCUUCUGUAUUUUCUUUCACUGCUGGGUGGUUAACGUACUGGUGACUCAUCGUCUGCAAAGCACGCGGAAUACGUGCGGAGGCUGCUGUGGAGCCCUCUCCAGGGCCCCGUCACACGGAUGCUCCGGAAGUAAACAAUGACUGAGGGCUGAGGCGCCAGCGCCGGUUGAGGGAGGCUACAUUUUGAUGCUUCUUUUUUCUUCCCUCUAAGCUGUCCAAAAGCCGUGCGAUUUAUGUUGUUCUUUGAGCCACGGCAAUCUGAUGUUGAAGUCCAGUAUGACUUGUCAGCUCUGGUAGUUUCAAAUGUUGUGUUUUUUUUUUAAGGGAAAUUAUCUCUUUCAGUAGAUGAGUUAUAGUAUCGGUUUUCAAACUUUCAUCAGGAAGGACCAUGGAGAAGUGUUAUUUUAUUUUGUAAGUCAGAUUGCCGGCGUCAUUAGCAAUGGAACUCUGUAUCAUAUCGUAUAGCUCUGUUUGUGUCUGGAAACGCUGUUCUUCAGGCCGUAUUUCGCUAGCGACCACGUGUGUGUGUGUGUGUGUAUUGUGUACCUCCGGGCAACUUUAUUUAUGGGUGAGUUACUUGUGAAAAUAACGUCGUUAAGAUGGCUUAACGUGGAACCUUAUGGGGUAUCAUUCUAGAUUAUUCCUUUUCAUACCAAACAAGCCCACCCAAUUUUGUGCUGUAGGUUUGCCAUGUAUACUAUUAUAGACGUUCUGUUGUUGUUUUGUUUUAAAUCUACUGUGAAAUUAAUUCAUUACUAGUUAGGAUGGUUGACCCUCAGUCAUCUCUUGAUUUAUAAUUACUGUGGGUAAGUCGUGAUUUCUCAGCCUGUGAUCCAUUUUAUAAUGGAAAUUUAGCCCUCUAGAGCUUGUUAUAUCUGGUUUUCAUAUCCUUUUCUAUGUAAUAUUCUCUUGCAGUGGCAUUGUCGGAGUAAACAUCAAGUACUUAUGGGAUAGUAGUUAAAAUAUGGAAAAAUUACGUGUGUGACACAGUGUAUGUGUUAGCAGCUUAUUCUUGGUUCAUGUAAUGGGUUUACGCGUUAUAGUGAACGCCCUUACUGGUGUGAAGGUCGUUAGGCACAGCCCCUCCCCACCCCCCCACCCCCACGAUAGGGGUUAGCGUUGAAACCUGCUGUGAAGUCAGUGUUUUGGGCUCGGUUCUUACAAAGCCAGACAUUUCUGAGGACCACUCUGUAGUGCUUUGGCAAUUGGAGGUCGCUAUGUGAAUGUGACUGGCGUGCAAGGUAAGAAUUUGGGGUCUGUGACUGUGAUGCUGAUGCAGAAACUGGUAAAUUGGUUGAAAUCAGGCCCUCUACGAAAUUGUUUCUCCUGAGAUGAUACUCCGUUAUGAGUUGGGCCUGAGCACGCUUGGAUGUCAUACCCACGCUUUCCCCAGAGCUGUUGCCUCAGCAUUUCCGUAUCUGACUUGGACUCAGAAGAUCAGUGGUUGAGUUAAGAAGCUCUUCCACUUACAGACCAGGCCUUCAUUGCACAAAAGGAGGCCCUAAGCAUGUGAAACCCAAGUAGCGGCAUCACGCAGCACUGGGCAUGCUGAUGGAGUUGGCGUGGAAGCCUGCCUUUUGUCCUAUUUGGCAUUUGCCCUACCCAGCAGUUAACUAACCGUCAUUACGACUAGUUUGACUUCAUGCCCCAUUGACCUGAAUCUUACAUGACACGCAGUAAGAAGCAGCAACUUGAUGUAAAAACACCCUGUUUGUACCGAAGGUGUUAUGUGGUGAGGUACUGAGUCACUGUUAUAGGAGGAGAAUAAGUAAAUCAUGUCUGUGAUGUUUUAAAAUUCUCUGCUUGGCAGGACGUGUGUAAGAAAGCUGCUGCGUAGCUCACGAAAGAUCAAAAUGAAGAAUCUUCCUUAGGUUUCUUCCUUGAUGAAAUACAUUUUCCAGAGCUUAUUUGAGAACCAUUAUAGGACCACUGUAGAUGGGAUUUCUUAUUAAGAAUGUGGGAAAUUACGAACCUUUGAAACAAUCUGUGAACUGAAAAUCUAACAAUAAAAACUGUUGCUUCUGCUUCCUUUGGAAGAGGUUUUGCUCCAGGUAAUUGUAUUUGGAAUGAAGGAGAGAUUUUUUUCCCCCAUGGAAACAAUUCCUUUAAAAUUACCAAAAAAUUUAAUCUGUGAACACCUGUGGUAGUAAUUCAUUAAAAGCUGCUAAUUCAGCAAGAAAAUUGUGCAUAACCACGUGUCUGUUAAGUCUUUCAAAACGACUUAGAUUUUGAUCAUUGACUCUGGCAACAUGGAGAUCACUCCUGGUUAUGCCCUGAGCCAUUUUGUCUGGAUGAAGGAUAGAUCGUAUGGGGUUCAAGAAGGAGCAGAAAGAAAAAAGGAGACUGCAAGGAGAGACCGUUCUUUUGAGGAGUCUUGUUCUGUUUUAACGUCACUUAUUUAAAACCUUGUCACACUUGGGAGCCAGGGGGUCAUGUGACAUCGGGGGCCCUCCUAAACCAAGACCGGUCUGUCCGUGUGUCUGUCUCAGGACUGGCUCGGCUGUUACUCUUUAAAAUAGCAUUUAGUCCGAAUAAAGCUUUGCCUUCCCGUGGA